UUGAAGUAUAGUUUUUUCAUUCGAACCCUUCGCCUUGAUCGACUAAACAUAUUUUCGGAUCUGACACGGCACAAAAUGCUAUGGCAAAAGGAAUCGGAUGCCGAUGGAGCUGCGUAUAUCGAUUUGUUGCAAAAUACGAAACUUCCACUGGGCAAAUUCCGUUUGAAUCGCAUUAAAAACAAUGUUCAAUCGAUACACGCAAGAACGGAAGGUAAUCGGAAAUAUGGCCAAAAUGAUUUUACGGGUGCAAUGGAAUUGUACAAUGAAAGCAUUUGCUUUGCCGAAAAGGGGUCCGAACAAUUAAGUUUGGCUUACGCAAACCGUUCGACCUGUUUCCUACGACUACAACUCUACGAUCGAUGUUUGGUUGACAUUCAAUUGGCCAAGGCAUCAAAUAAUCAAAUUUCGGAACAGCUGAUGUCGAAACUGAACGCCCGUGAGAAGGAAUGUCUGAAGAGUAAAUCGUCUGAUGUUACAGUUGCAGAGGAACCAGCGUUAAGUUUUGACCCACAUGAAAAGUGGCCGUGCAUGGUUAAUGUGUUGGAUAUCGAGAGAAGCGAUCAAUACGGUCGCCUAGUACGAGCGAACAGUGACAUUCAAAUCGGCGACACUAUUUUAAUUGAAGAGGCAUUCGUCAAAAUUCUACUUGGAACGGAACGAAAUCGAUGCAGUAAUUGUAUCAAGGAAAAAAUGAAUUUCAUUCCAUGCGACAACUGUGCUGACACGAUGUACUGUAACGAGACAUGUGCGAAUAAUAAUUUUCAUGAGGACGAAUGUGAUAUGACUAUGGGUGCGGAAGACUGUUAUGAUGGAGAGUCGCUAACGUUUAUUCUGCGUUCAGUCAUCAUUGCCAUAAAUACAUUCCGAACGAUUGCCGAAUUGAUGGAAUUCGUGGAAAAUUGUCGAGCAAGCGACCCAUUGGAUAUAACGGAACCAGUUGACACGCCAAUCUCCGAGUAUCGUACAUUCUUCAAACUGGCUGUAAUGAUGACCAAUGAGCGAGUUUCCAAUUUGCUUAAGACCGCUUACUUGAUCUUUCACUCCAUAAUGGGAUCCAGAUUGAGCAAAAGAUUUGAAACGAAAGACAGUCAACGAUUCCUCGUGCAUUUAACCAUUCAUCAUGCUAUCAUUCUGCGUGUAAAUGCGUUUGGCGGUUGCACCGAACCAGGUAAUGGUUUAUUCGGACAUAAUGUAGAUGAUGAUGACAAGCAACGUCAACAGGAUAUUCAUUUGUUUACGUCCUACUUUAAUCAUUCCUGCAUACCGAAUGUCAUUCUAUUGGUAAAAGAUAGUAUCGCCAUUUGCAAGGCCCUGCGACCAAUAAAGCAAGGGGAACAAUUAUUUAUAACAUACAUCGACGACGAGGGGUACGGUAUGACGGAAAAGCAACGAAACGAUCAACUGGAAAUGGUGUACGGAUUUCGAUGCCAGUGUGAAUUUUGUCGGAAAGGCGACAAACACAAGAAUAUCGAACAAUUGCAAUUGGAUGCUGACUUUAGAUAUGUUGCCAUCAAUAUACCGCAGUUAAUUCAGCAUUCCAGUACAGACUUGAUGAAAGGAAUAAAAGGCCAUUGCAUUGCGUUUUUGAAGAAAUAUCCGCUACAAUCAAUUGCGUCGACAGAGGGUGGUUACAUUUUAACCACUUUGAGUUCGUUGAUGCAGAAAGAAAUAGAGUCUUGUUAAGAUGGUUGUCUUUGUGUCAUAUUUCUUAAUUCAAUUUUAUAAAAUGACUAAAUCGAAAAUAAAUUAAAUUCUCAUA